AUGCUGCAGAUCACCGACAACGGCUGCGGCAUCGAAAAGGAGGACCUGCCAAUCCUGUGUGAGCGCUUCACCACCUCCAAGCUUCAGACCUUUGAGGAUCUUUCUUCCAUUGCAACCUACGGCUUCAGGGGUGAGGCGCUGGCAAGCAUCAGUUACAUCGCUCAUCUUACCGUAACCACCAAGACCAAGGAUUCCAGCUGUGCGUGGCGGGCGUAUUAUGAGGGUGGCAAGCUCGCUCCCACCAAGCCAGGCCAGCCUGCGGAUCCCAAGCCCGUCGCAGGCAGGCAAGGCACCCAAAUAACUGUAGAGGACCUCUUCUACAACGUCCCCAGCCGCCGCCGCGCCUUCAGGUCGUUCUCGGAUGAGUACAAUAAGAUCAUUGACAUGGUCGGCCGCUACGCUGUCCACUGCAAGGGCGUGGCCUUUUCCUGUAAAAAGCAUGGCGAGUCGACCACGAGCAUUGCCGUCCAAGCCGGUGCUACGGUUUCAGAUAGGAUUCGGCAGAUAUACGGCAGCAGUGUCGCGAAUGAGCUCAUCGACUUCAGUACAUCGGACACACGCUGGGGCUUCAAGGCGAGCGGUUGGUGUACCAACGCCAAUCACAGUGUCAAAAAGACAACGCUGCUUCUUUUCAUAAACAAUCGCUGCGUCGAAUCCACCAACGUCAAGAAGUCGCUAGAGCAGACCUAUGCCGCGUUUUUGCCCAAGAACGGACACCCUUUUCUCUAUCUGAGUCUGGAGAUCGACCCUCAGCGCGUUGAUGUAAAUGUGCACCCGACCAAGCGAGAAGUCAAUUUUCUCAACGAGAAUGAAAUAAUUCAGGCAAUCUGCGAAAACCUUCGCACUAGACUGGCCGCCGUCGAUACCAGCCGCACUUUCAGGACCCAAACCCUACUCCCUGCACAGGACAUCAGCACUGUAGGCUUAACCACACCCACCAAUCCUCGCAGGGACGCAAGAGCAGCCACGGCGUCGUCCGCAGCAAAGAAACUUCACACUCCUGCUCGCCAAUAUGAGAAUAAUCUCGUUCGCACAGAUACCAACGCUCGCAAGAUAACCAGCAUGUUUGCCCCAGUCGCUGGUUCAUCCCGCUCGGCAGCAGCAGCCACUGUCACCACACCUGCCAGCACAACUCAGGCAGCUGCUGCCUCACUUGCCGCACCGGAAGCCAUUGAAUACGAAACGUUGGAGCGAGGCGUGGUUCCUAUCAAGCUGGCUUCCGUCAAAGAGCUCAGAUCUGCCGUGCGCGAAGAUAUGCACCACGGGUUAACCGACAUAUUUGCUAAUCACACGUUCGUCGGCAUAGUAGAUGAGCGGAGGCGCCUUGCCGCCAUACAAGGUGGUGUGAAGCUGUAUCUCGUAGACUAUGGACGCGCCAGCUUCGAAUACUUUUAUCAGCUAGGGCUCACCGACUUUGGAAACAUGGGUGCCAUUUGCUUCUCACCGCCUCUAGAUAUUAGGGAGCUGAUACGUGUCGCGGCUGAGCGUGAGAUGAGCCAACGCAAGGAUACCAGUGACGAGACGAUGGUUGACGUUGACGAGAUUGUGGAGAAGAUAACCAAUCAGCUAACCAAAUUCGGCCCAAUGCUCCUGGAGUACUUCAACCUCGAGGUCACUCCCACUGGCGAGCUGGUCAGCAUACCGCUGCUUGUCAAGGGCUAUACGCCGCCCAUUGUCAAGCUGCCACAAUUUCUGUUCCGUCUGGGACCACACAAUGUCGACUGGACCGACGAAAAGGCGUGUUUCGAGUCAAUACUGCGGGAGCUAGCCUCGUUCUACGUACCCGAACAAUUACCACCAACUGCAUCCAUACAAGACAAAGGUGCGGAUGAGAAUGAGGCGGGCGACAGCAGCCAGCCCAGCCCCUCGCCUGAUGAAGAAUCAGAAAUCCCCGGAACGAAAGCAGUUGAUCAAACAUUAGAGACUAGGAGGCGAGAGGUACGAUGGGCUGUUGAGCACAUCAUUUUUCCAGCCUUCAAGGCUCGACUAGUGGCCACCAAUACGCUAAUGAAGUCUGGGGUCUUGGAGGUGGCCAACCUCAAGGGUCUAUACAGAGUAUUUGAGAGGUGCUGA